CUUCACUCCAUCUUCUCCUGACAGAUGUUCUGCCGGACCCAGUGGCCAAGUCCUGAGGAGUACAGCCAGCUGGAGGCCCAGACCAGCCUGGGGCGCACCGACAUCGUCCGCUGGUUCAAGGAGCACCGCUCGGCCCUGAAGAACGGGGAAACGCUGGGCUGGAUGGAAGGCUUCCAGAACGUGGCCACGCCGCCGACAGCCGGACUAGAACAAAACGGCCAGAGUUCUGAGAAACAGCCGAGCUCGUCUGUGGAAGCUGGCGCCGUGAAGCGGGAAGAAGCUGGAGGGAACGAAGCACAAACGGAGAACGCCAAACUGUUUCAGCAGGACAAACUUCAGUGGUUAACUGACAGACUAGUCCAGGGCGUGGCCGGGCUGAGUCGGGCCCGGCAGGACCACACCAGCACAAGUCCUGAGAACAAAGAGAAGUGGGUAAAGGUCACCGUGGCUGUUGGAGAGGAGACCGACGGAGGAGUGGAGCAACAAAAACUCACAACCGACUCAGAAGUCGUGUCUUUGGACCAACCGGGGCAGGUCACAGGCUGACGGUUCAAAACGGUUGAUUUCUUCGGAGAGACGACCGAGUGGAGAAGCUGUGAUGCCAGGAGGCAGUGAAGUGACUCUAAGAGGAGUGCCAAAGUGGGACUCACUAUAUUAUUUUUACCUUAUGACUUUUUUUAAAGAAAGGCCUCUGUACAUAUUUAGUCUGUAUAACUAAAACGUUUGUACAGUUUUUUUUCUGGAAAAGCGAGUUUUGUUAAGUUUUAUUCUGAAUGUUCGUUCUGAACCUGGAAUGUGUUUUUCUUUAAAGAUCAAAAUGUAUCAUAGUGUAUUUGCUUCAAAUCUUUUUAUUUUUUUGAAAAUCCUUUGACUCGUUCGGAGGAGACUCUGAAGGCACUUGCAUCUUUCUCUGUUCGAGAUCCUUUUCUUCUAUCAAACGUAAUGAAGAAGUGACUGAAGUCGUGGCAGGAGGGAGUAGAAGUGCAUUGUGGGCUACGGCGCUGCAGACACGCUUUUUUUUUUUUUUUUUUUUUUUUGCUGCUCGUGGAUCAGAGUAUUUUCCAAAGUGAAAAGAGUGAAGGGUCCGUUCGAUCGCACCGCGCUGCCUUUCCUGUGUAUGCCUGACGCUUCCUCUGGAGGAUGUAUUCCAGCUUAGCCCGCUCUAUUCCAACCGUUCUCGGCUGAAUUUGCCCUUGGAGAAAAUAUCGCAAGCAUGUUAAAAAAAAGGUUCCUGAACUCUUGCGGCUGGAUUCGGUCUGGACAGUGGAACCUAAACACUCAUGAAUGUGCAGAAACAGACUGACCAACAAAGAAUCUAGAAUGUCAACUUUCUCCGGCUGCAUGUCCGUCAACUCUUUUUCAGGAAGGAUUGAAAGGGAUCCGUUAGUUUUUAAGUUUCCUCCGUCAGGUCCUCCUGCUGCUCUGUUUCUGUUAUCCAGGACGCUGCACACAAUAUCAAAUGCUUUCUUUUUUUUAUUUUCCAGGCUUGCUGCAGGUCAAUAAAAACACAAUAAACUCCCAGACUUUUUGUACUCUU